GUGUGUAUAGGGUUGGGAAGUGAAGAUAGAUGGUCCCCAUGGUCGGAGUGGACGGAAUGUUCGGUCACCUGUGGGAGUGGCUUCCAGCGGAGAGGGCGAUCUUGUGAUGAUGUCUUCACGUCCUGUUCUGACUCCUCCCUCCAAACCCGCAGGUGCACCCUGGGAAGUUGUGAAAGCCGAGUGCAUGGGAACGGCGGCUGGGGCCUUUGGUCUCCGUGGUCUGCAUGUUCUGUGUCGUGUGGUUCAGGUCUCGUCGUGCGUGUUCGACUCUGCAUCUUCCCCAUCUGUCACCGCGGGGGCAGCGGCUGCCGUGGCAACACCACAGAGACACGUCCCUGUGACGCUACACCCUGUCCAGUUGUUGGGGGCUGGGGACCGUGGUCUUCCUGGUUACCAUGCAGUGUGUCGUGUGGCAGUGGGCUGAUGAUUCGUCAGCGAGAGUGUUCUAACCCCGCCCCCCGGCAUGGAGGCAGGAAGUGUGUGGGAGAGACGGCCGACUACGCAGCCUGCGAUACACAGCCCUGUACAAUAGACAGCUGUCUUUCUGGGCCCUGCUUCCCUGGGGUCUCCUGCCACUCUGGGACUGAUGGCUCAUGGGAAUGUGGGCCCUGUCCACUGGGUUACCAUGGAAAUGGCUCUGUCUGUGAAGACCAGGAUGAAUGUGUUUCGCAGGGUGUGUGUGUGACCGAGUGUGUGAAUACAGACCCAGGGUUCCACUGUCUCCCCUGCCCCCCCCGAUACCACGGCAACCAACCCUACGGUCUCGGACUGGAAGACGCCAACAACACCAAACAGGUCUGUGAGCCCCACAACCCCUGUAGAGAUAAUACACACCGUUGCAGUCAGCAUGCAGAGUGUGUGUACCUGGGCGUGGCGUCGGAGACUGUGUAUCGGUGUGUGUGUGGCGUUGGCUUCGCUGGGGACGGCUUCCUGUGUACUGAAGAUUCUGACCUAGAUGGCUGGCCCAAUCAUAUCCUUCCCUGCCACCACAACACAACCUACCACUGUCUACAGGAUAACUGCCCCACCCUGCCAAACUCCGGACAGGAAGACCUUGACAACGAUCGCCUUGGAGACGCCUGUGAUCCUGAUGACGACAACGACGAUGUCUUAGAUGAGAGGGAUAACUGCCCUGGACACUACAACCCUCAUCAGUUUGACUCUGACAGAGAUGGAGUUGGAGACCGCUGUGAUAACUGUCCCUUCACCCACAACCCUUUACAGACUGAUACAGACAGCAACGGAGAGGGAGACGCCUGCAGUAUCGACAUGGAUGGAGACGAGAUGCUGAACGAGCAUGAUAACUGCCCCCAUCUGUACAACACUGAGCAGAGAGAUACAGACCUGGACGGAGUGGGGGACCAAUGUGACAACUGUCCUUUCCUGCACAACCCUACACAGACUGAUUCAGACAGUGAUAUGGUUGGUGAUCACUGUGAUGAUAAUGAGGAUAUAGAUGAGGACGGUCAUCAGAACUCCCUCGACAACUGUCGCUACGUUGCCAAUAGCAACCAGGUUGACCAUGACAGAGACGGAAUUGGCGACGCCUGCGACCAUGACGACGACAACGAUGGUAUCCCCGAUGACCGUGACAACUGCCGACUGAUGUCGAACGCUGACCAGAUAGACGCAGACAAUGAUGGUCGUGGUGAUGCUUGUAAAGAUGACUUUGAUAAUGACAGUAUACCAGAUGCACUAGAUGUUUGCUCAGAGAACAGUGGUAUUGGAUUUACAGACUUCAGGAAGUUUCAGACGGUUCUGUUGGACCCUCGGGGGACCACUCAGUCUGACCCUCUGUGGGUGGUCCGAGGACACGGAACCGAACUGCUACAGACUGCAAACUCUGACCCUGGCAUCGCCUUGGGUUUUGAUGAGUUCCGUGCGGUGGACUUCAGUGGGACAUUCUACGUGAACACAGACCGUGAUGAUGACUAUGUAGGGUUUGUGUUCUCCUUCCAGUCCAGCAGACGGUUCUACGUUGUCAUGUGGAAACAGGUCAGCCAGGCUUACUGGGAGAAUAGUCCUUCCAGGGCGUUUGGGAACGCUGGUGUCUCUCUUAAAGUGGUCAACUCAACCUCAGGCCCUGGGGAGGCCCUCCGCAACGCCCUGUGGCACACAGGAAACACCAUGCAGCAGGUUCGCACACUGUGGCACGACCCCAACAACAUGGGCUGGAAGGACUACACUGCCUACCGCUGGCACCUCAUCCACCGACCCAAAACCGGUUUCAUAAGGAUAGUGGUGUCUGAGGGCAGGUCCAUCCUAGCUGACUCUGGGCCAGUGUAUGACAGAACUCUGGCUGGAGGGAGACUGGGACUGUUUGUCUUCUCACAAGAACACAUCCUCUUCUCUGACCUCAGAUACACCUGUAGAGAUAACUGA